CUGAAGGGUUCAGGUCUACCUGUCUGAGUUUAUAACAUCACAUCGUUCAGGAUUACUAGUAGAUCUCCAGAUAGGGGAUUCAAUACAGAGAUCAUGCAGAAAUAUGAACUGCAGGAAAAACGGAAUGGAAAGGAUCCAGAAAAUGGGGGUGUUCAUAACAAAGGUUUCCUAGAUGACAAUUCUAAAUCCUUCGACGACAACCAGGUUGUUAUAGAAGAAGAAACGGAUCCAUGGAAAGUGUCGAAAGUUAUUGUGGAUGAAGUUCCCAUGAAUGAGCUGGAUGGAUUUGGCAAAUGUAAAAGGAUCAGUUUAAUAUUUAUUAGAAUAAUUCUAGUAUUGGCCUGUCUGUAUUUCUUCAUCUGUUCUUUGGACUUCUUGAGUUCAGCUUUCAAGUUAUUGGGUGGACGAAAGGCUGGUGAAGUGUUCCAGAACAGUGAAAUCCUAUCCAACCCGGUAGCAGGAUUGAUGAUGGGGGUGCUGGUAACUGUACUGGUUCAGAGUUCUUCUACCUCAACAUCUAUUGUUAUCAGUAUGGUAGGCGCUGGAAUUCUGGAGAUAAGAACAGCUAUACCUAUUGUAAUGGGGGCCAAUAUUGGAACCUCUGUUACUAAUACCAUCGUGGCGUUGGGACAGAUUACUGAUAAAAACGAGUUUCGCCGAGCCUUUGCUGGAGCUACUGUACAUGAUAUGUUCAACUGGAUGAGUGUAAUAGUGUUUCUACCUCUGGAAAUCGCUAGCGGUUACCUGUACCGACUCAGCGGCGCCAUCAUCAAUAGUUUACCUUUGGAACAAAAUAAAGGAGCUAAAAAAGAUUUUCUGAAAGUUAUUACCAAACCUUUUACAACUUUAAUUAUCCAGGUUGACAGUAAAGCCAUCAAUAAGAUUGCUAUAUCUGAAAAGGCAUCACAUGAAGUCAAACUGAUGAAGAGCUGCUGUGACAAGACGAAGCCAUUGGCAUGUUGUGAAGGCGUGUUGGGUGACACUUCCUGGUUUAAUGACAGUAUAUUAGAAUACGACGUAUCGCACCGUAACUACCUAUUUAAGGGGCUGAUUGGAGAGAUCAGUGAAGAGGCUAUAGGAGCUAUAUUAUUAGUGCUGUCUCUCAUCAUUCUGUGUCUCUGUUUAGUAUUUAUGGUCAAGCUCCUCAAUCUGUUACUCAAGGGACAGAUGGCUUUAGUCAUCAAAAAAUUCAUCAACGCAGACUUCCCAGGAUAUUGUUCAUAUUUUACCGGUUACAUCGCCAUUUUGUUGGGUGCUGGAUUCACCAUACUGGUCCAGAGCAGCUCCAUCUUCACGUCCUCCAUUACCCCGUUAGUUGGAAUGGGAGUUAUCGAACUUGAUCGUAUGUAUCCUCUGACCCUCGGAGCCAAUAUUGGUACCACGACGACUGGAAUCCUAUCAGCACUCGCUCAAGACAGUGACAAGCUCGCCGAUUCCUUACAAGUCGCCUUCUGUCAUUUGUUUUUCAAUAUUUCUGGUAUCUUGUUGUUUUAUCCCUUCCCUUUCUUCAGACCACCUAUUCCAUUAGCUAAAUUUUUAGGCAAUGAAACCGCCAAGUAUCGAUGGUAUGCUAUUAUGUAUAUCUUCCUAAUGUUCUUUAUAUUCCCGGCCAUUGUUUUCGCCUUGUCUGUACCAGGCUGGUAUGUGCUAGCAGGAGUGUUGUGUCCCAUUGCUCUUUUUAUCAUAAUAAUCAUGGUCAUCAAACUUAUUCAAAGAAAAAGACCCGGAUGUCUUCCCCCAUUUUUGCGCAACUGGAAAUUCCUUCCAAAAUUCUGUCGAUCUUUAGAACCUUAUGAUUACGUGUUUGGUUGUCGGUGCUGUAAAAAAAAGGAAGUAGUAAAUGAUGGGACAAAAUCAAAUGGCGUCCAAAAUGGACACACGAGCAUUCCUAUCACAGCUGGCAGUAACACCACCGAGCAAAAUACACACAUGUAA